AUGACCCUCAUUCUUCAUACAACACCAGCAACAGCCCAAAUGACAAUAAAAGUAGCAAUUAUUGGCGCAGGCCCCGGUGGCCUGGUGACCCUCAAGACCUUACUGGAAGCAUCCACGCCCGAGCAGCAGAUCGAGGCGUACCUAUUCGAAGCUGAGUCUGAUGUCGGCGGCACAUUCAACUACCGCUCUUACCAGAACGCCGAAUUGGUAAGCAGUAAGCAAUUGACCACAUUCUCGGAUCAUCGCUUGCCGCUUGAAACUCCCGAUCAUGUGUCAUUGCCCGAAUAUGUCGACUAUCUCCGGUCUUAUGUUGAGCGGUUCAAUCUGGGACCAUAUAUCAAGUUCAACUGUCCCGUCGUUCGCGUGUCUCCGCUCGAUGAUGGUUCCAGCUGGGCUCAUCGAGUGAGCUAUGUGGACCGGAAUGGUGGAGAUGAAGCCAAGGAGAGUCUUUUUGACUGUUCGCACAUUGCUGUCUGUACUGGACUUCAUGUUGAGCCAAAUGUUCCUGAUAUUUCAGGUAUUGAGAAUAUUCAGGGUGACGUAUUCCACUCAUCGCUUUACAAGGGCCGCGAUCAAGUAGCUGGCAAGAAAGUCCUUAUCUUGGGUUGCGGUGAAACAGCGAUGGAUAUUGCCUAUGAAUCCAUCAAAGCCGACGCCCAGUCAGUCACCAUGUGUUUUCGCACCGGCUUUCUCUCCUUCCCCAAACAACUCAGCCGAUUCCAAGUAUUCGGCAAGACCUUCAGUGGUGGUCUUCCAAUUGAUGGUCUUAUCACCAAUCUGUUCGAAACUGCAUAUGUUCAUCGGGCAGUGGCUAGCAGCAGAUUGCGCUGGUGCAUUUCGGACUUUGUGAUUAAGCGAGUUCUCUGGUUUCUGACUGGCACCCAGGCCGGUAUGAACCAGCAUGUCGGUGCUCUUCCUAAGGAGCGACUAGGAAGGGCAUUUGUCUUUCUUAACAAGAGCAACAAAGCGAUGCCUUAUCUCAAUCGCCCCUACAAGACAUAUAAUCCGUUUUUAGCCUUGAUCGGUAACCGCUACAUUGAUCCUCCUGAGGAUGCUACAUCUGAUCGAGUCGUCGACACUUGCACCUGGCCGAGAUACAAACAAACUUUCCCGUACCUUGACUCGUCAUAUCCGACAGCAUCAGACGCUGAAAUCCGAAACAUUAUCAACCCAACAAAUCCAGACAUCGCAUUCAUCGGCUUCGUACGUCCUGGAGUUGGCGCAAUCCCACCCAUAGCGGAACAACAAGCCAUGUGGUGGACAUCACUCAUAACAGGUCGCAUGCAGAUGCCCAAGGAUCCUCCUCACUAUCACCUCCUUGCAGCGAAGGGAUCUCGAAUUCAAUACGGCGUGGACCACAGCGCGUACAUGAGUACUUUGGCUAAAGAUUUCGGUGGUGCUCCAGGACUCCUUGAGCUGUAUCGUCGCCAUGGGUUGCAAAUUCUGCUAAUAUACUGCUUUGGCGCAUCAUUUGUUACAUUUUACAGGUUGAUGGGACCAUUUGAGUCACCCAUUGCGCCUGAGAUUGCUCGGACGGAAUUGGCCGAGACCAUCCUCCGACGGGGCUAUAUCGGAAAUCUCUUCUUUGGGGUUAUACCGAUGCUCUUUUAUGGUGUCAUUAAUACUGUGGCUUUGUUACUUGACUUUGUCGGGUUGCUUCCUCGUGAGGCAAAUAUCGAGUGUGGUGAAUCCUCCUAA